AUGAAGCGUCAAAAUCGAGACGAAGCAGAGUACCAAACCACACCGUUGUACCCCAUGGACGAAACCCAACCGCUAGCGCCACCCCCUGUGCCUCCAUCGAACCGCAACAAUUCCAGUAAUGACACCCCACAACGCGAACUGGGCAACGGCCUCAAAUUCAUCAUGUCGAAAGCCAUCGACACCUCCGCAGAUACAAGGCGACGAUACAAACCGAUCUAUUGGGCGGUCAUCCUCUCGUGGAUAUCCUCAGCGGUUAUCCUGGGCCUCUGCGCGUUUCUCGUCGCGCGCGUGGGGCCCGGGUGGUUGCGUAGUGUGGCGAUUGUUAACAUGAUACUUGCCGCAUCCGGCACCCUCCUAACCCUAGGCCUGGACCUGCGCUUCCCCAUCUCGCGAUCCCAACCAGACCCGCGGCCAUCGAUCGCCUCGUACGUGUACAUUCUCGCCAAGGGUCUUUUCUGGACGCUCGCUGCUGUGGCCAUCAUCGCGACAGCGACGACGGACGAACGGUCCGGGUCGAGUUUCACGAAACGACGGGGUGGCCGUGGUGAUGUGGGCCCUGCGACGCCGGGCAGUAUAGCGAUGGGGGUUGGGUUUAUGGAUUGUUUGGUUGUUGCGAGCACGCUUGUCUACUGGAAGUUCCCGGUCGUUGCGCUGGUGAAGCGGUACUCGGAACAUGAGACAAGGAGGAUGUAUUCGUUGAUGCUUGCGCCUGGUACUAGGGGUGGGGGGGAAUGA